UCGGGCUCCCUGUGGUUCCAAAGGAUUCCAAAGAAAAGGAACACGAAAACAGAAGCCCUGCAUUCCUUACGGAGCCACUCGAUGCCCCCUACGACCUGGCCCUGAAGUAGGAGAUGAAGCAACACCGUCGUCGACGCUGAGACCCACUAUGGCCCCUGGCGUCGUUUCGAACUUACAGAGCAUUCUAGAGAGGCUCUCUCAGGCCGUGGAGGCUAUCAGCGGACCGGCCGUGAAGGACCCGGCUCCGUGGUCCAUUCCCCGACGGUUGCUCUUCAACCACAAGGUCAACCUCUUGAAAGCAGCUGACUCCAGCCUGGACAAGGAGAGCAAACUCCUGCGCGAGAAUGUGCGUCACACAGUGAAGUUGUUCCCGGAUGUGGCACCGUCCGACGUGCAUUUCUGGGACGACCACGAGUGCCAAAGCGGGAUUGAACAAUUGCCACUGGAGGAGAGUGAAGCUUUGGGGCUGGACUUCGCCCGGGAGAAGGUGGGAAUGAUCAAAUCGGACUUGUGCCGUCUGGUGAUGAUGUACAAGCUGGGUGGCUACUACUUCGAUACGGACAUCCUUCCACUCCCGAACCUCGAGCAGCACCUGGAGCGCCAGGCCACCUUUGCCACGGUCAUAGCAGACGAUGGCAAGAGCUAUUUCCAAGCGUUCUUGGCUGCGACGCCCAAGCAUCCAGUGAUCCUAGAGUCUCUGAAGGAGUUCAAGCGUUGGUAUGACCAGCUGAAUAGGCCUGGCAUCAAUCAGGAUCGUUUGCGCUCGCGGACGGCGAAGGGAAACAUUGGCACUGCGCUGAUGAGACAGGCCUUCCGGAAGUGGUCCGAUGGGGCCAAGGAGGACUCGGUGGUGAAGCACCCCGCAGGACAUCUCUCCCAGUUCUUCGUGGAGCACAAUGACAGGGUCUUAACUCAGAAGCGCUAUGAAGGAGUCCCGUCACAUCUGUCGGGCAAUCUUUGUAACUACGCUGUGGUCGACCGACGCUCCAAGACGGUGGUCAUGUUCUCCCGGAUCUAUGACAAGCACUCAAAGACGCUGUGUAAGGAAGAGGUGGACUUCAUCCACACCAUGUGA